AUGUCCCGGAUACGGGAAGUAUGGGCGCCAAAUCUUGAGGCAGAAAUGCGGAACAUACGAGACCUGAUCGACGAAUACCCUUACGUUGCAAUUGUGCGGCGCGUAGACACAGAAUUCCCGGGCGUAGUUGCACGACCAAUAGGCACUUUCAAAACAUCUUCAGACUAUCAUUACCAGACAAUGCGAUGUAAUGUCGACCUGCUCAAGCUAAUACAAGCCGGUAUCACACUUGCGGAUGAAGAGGGUAACUUCCCCCAGGACGUCACAACUUGGCAAUUCAAUUUCAAGUUCAGCAUAAGUGAAGAUAUGUAUGCGCCAGAAUCAAUCGACCUGUUACAGAAGUCAGGGCUUGAUUUCCAGCGUCACGAGGAGAUGGGAAUAUUGCCGUAUGACUUUGCUGAACUCUUGAUCACAUCGGGUCUGGUCCUUGCGCCCGAGGCCAAAUGGAUAUCGUUUCAUAGCGGCUAUGACUUCGGUUACCUGGUCAGGCUUUUGACCGCGAUGUCCUUGCCGACCUCCGAAGAACAAUUCUUUGAAUGGCUGCGCACUUGGUUCCCCUAUUGCUAUGACAUCAAGUUCAUGAUGCGUGCCUCCAAGUCCCUCAAAGGAGGACUACAGGAAGUCGCGGAUGAUCUUGGUGUGAUGCGUAUAGGAACAUCACAUCAAGCCGGAUCAGACUCCCUUCUUACUGCAUCCACCUUCUUCAAAAUGCGAGAACUCUACUUCAAUGAUCAAAUAGACGACACCGAAUAUAACUGUAAACUGUAUGGUCUAGGGCAGACCUUCGCAGUAUCCAACGGCAUCACUGAUACUGGUCGAGGUGGAGCUACCAUUGCCGAACGAGAAGACAGGGGGAUACCAAGGGAUUCACAAAACCAGACUCCUGCCUUGUCCGCCCCCCAGAACCAAGGUGUGAUAAUGGGUAUGGGAGUGCCUUUACCUACUCCAGCACUAGGCGGUGCCCUGCCUGCGCCACUACCAUCUGGCACAUCAUAUGGGCCUAUGGGAGCAAAUGGCCCAUUCAUACGAACAGCAAUUGGAGUAGGGGGGAGAUAG